GUCUAAUUAACAUUUUUAUUGUUUGGAGUUCGCGGAUGUCAGUGCUCGGUAUAUGAAAUCGAAACCAUUACGUCUACACGACAUGGCCUUGUCACGCACCCAGCAGACAUUGAUUAGGUAGAUGUUUCAGGUCUAAAGUACCCACCUCCAAACGGAAUGCACAGAGAUUUCUACCAUUACAAUUUAGGAUAGUAAAUGGAUUGACAGCGUUCCCAUAAUGUGAAAUAUUCGGCGAAAACAAUGGCCACUAAUAAAGGAAGGAGAUUCUCGUUAGCAGAAUUCAUUAAAACAGAACGAGUGAAGCGGAACGAAAACGCCAUAGAAGAUAUCACGAUUACCAAAGUCACAAAAAAUGAGACGGAAGAUGACGACAUCAACAGCGAAAAAAGUGUAAGUCAUGUGUCCACAAUCAAUGAAGACUCAAAAUUCAGUGAAAGAGAGGUUUCUGCUCUAUAUCCCGUGCGCGUCAGAAGAGACCAGACACGAUACCGUCGUAAUUCAAAAUGGUACGAUGCAUCCCGUAAGAGCGUGAUACAAGAUAUGGUAGACCAGGAACUGUGCGGCUUGGCACCAGAAGAAUCCCACGGAGAUCAAUCCACGUCUACAACGCAACGGGGAUACUCCAAACGUCGACGCUUUUCUGUCAUACAAGACAACGAAGGGAGCAGUACCACUAUGGUGGACAAACUAAGAGCGCUGGAGGAGGAGGGAGGUACCCAGAACAGCAGAAGUUUAAAAAGCGGACGAAGUCGACGGACGAGCAGGUCAACACGGACUCUUAACUCCAUCCCCUCCUCCCCUUAUUCCAGGAGUAGGUCUGGGUCAAUGAACUAUGGGCUACGGCAGAAGUCAGCGUCAAAACUGAGCGGGGUAUCACAGGAGUCCGUGUCCUUCAAAAAGGAAAUUACAACACAGAAAGAUGCAGGGUUUUUCAAACCUGCAAAUGAAAAGGGUGAGAGGAUGAAUGAAAUGAAUUUGAACGACAACCAAGUCGUAAGAGUUGAAAUAAAGAGAGGAAAAUACGACAAAGAACAAAAUCACUGCAUUAUAUUACAAUUAGGUGAACCAGCUCAAGAAAGGAACAAGAAGAAAUUUGAUAAUGUACCAAGUGAACCGACUGGACAAAAUCUUUCAGCUGGUGCAAGAUCUGCUUUAAAAAGGCAUGAUAAUAAAGAAAAGAUUUUACCAAUAACUCCCAUUAAUGAAUACAAUUCGAAAAGUUUUGCGUUAUCUGAAAACGUUCACGUUGGAAUCGAGAGAAACAGAAAUCACGAUGAUCAACGAAGUGAACCAGACCAGCUACGCGUAUCAAUUGGUUCGAAUAUUGCCUCGGAAAAGUUUGGCCAUAACGAAGAGAGCAAAAUAACACAAGGUAGUAAAAUUGCAACAUUACCACCUGUGAAAUCAAAUAGUUCGGAACAUAUAGAGUUUUCUGAACGUGUUGACGAUACAGUGGAGAGAAACAGAGAAUGUAAUGAUAAAGGAAAUGAACCGGAUCAACCAAGUGUUUCAGUUAGUCCGAAUGUUGUCUCUGAAAAGUAUGGUCAUAACAGAAUGAACUCAGACACGGAAAUGGAUAAAAUUGCAUCAACAUCAUCCAUUAAAUCUAAUAGUGCGGAAACAGUAGCGUUUUCCAGAAGCACCGACAACAGAUUUGAAAAAAACAAAGAUGACAACGAAAUACAGAGAAAGCGAACAAAUGAAAUUACAUUUCCAACGCAGCCACCAAAAAAUACAACUGGGACGGAUACCGGAGAUGAUCAAUCACAUGCUGUCACAGAUAUCAUUUCGUUUGAAAACCCUUCGGAAAUGCAUUUCAUGGAUGAAACGUGUACAGGCAUAAGACAGAGGAUGGGAAGUCCCAUCAAUGAUAGGAAUAAGAAUCCACAAGACGCGUCAAAUGAAAAUAAAAGCAUUAGAAUAUCUGAAAUCGAAGGGAGAGAAAAUACAGUGACAAGGGUUUCUACAAACCCGACUUAUACACCUCUGAUUUCUACUUUAUUGAAAGAUGUUGCGGAAAAUGGUGUUGAACAUAGCAAGGGUGUGGAGGACGGCAAUGAUGUGGAAGAUGGCAAGGAUGUGAAGGACAGUAAAGAUGUGAAGGACAACAAUGAUGUAGAGGAUGGCAACAAUAGGAAGGAUAUGGAGAACGGUAAGGAUGUGCAGGAUGGCAAAGAUGCGGAGGACGGCAACAAUGUAGAUAAUAGCAAAGAUGUGGAGAAUAACAAGGGUGUGAAAAACAGCAAGGAUGUGAAGGACAUCAAGGAUAUGGAGGAUAACAAGGAUGUUGAUGACAGCAAGGAUAUUGAAGAUGACAAGAAAACAGAGGAUGGCAAGAAUGUGAAGGAUGAGAAGGAGGCGGAGAACGGCAAGGAUGUGGAGGUUGGCAAAGAUGCGGAGGACAGCAAGGGUGUGAAGAAUGGCAAGGAUGUGCAGGAUGACAAGGAUUUGAAGGACGGCAACAAUGUAGAUAAUAGCAAAGAUGUGGAGAAUAACAAGGGUGUGAAAAACAGCAAGGAUGUGAAGGACAUCAAUGAUAUGGAGGAUAACAAGGAUGUUGAUGACAGCAAGGAUGUUGAAGAUGACAAGAAAGCGGAGGAUGGCAAGAAUGUGAAGGAUGAGAAGGAUGCGGAGAACGGCAAGGAUGUGAAGGAUGGCAAAGAUGCGGAGGACAGCAAGGGUGUGAAGAAUGUCAAGGAUGUGGAGGACAGCAAAGAUGUGGAAGAUGAAAAAGAUUUGAAUGAUAGCAAGGGUAUGGGGGGUGGCAAAGAUGUGAAGGAGGGCAAUGAUGUGGAGGAUGACAAUGGUGUGGAGGAUGUCAAAGAUGUGGAAGAUGAUAAGGGUGUGGAGAACAGCAUGGGUGUGAUGAACGUUGACGACGGUAAGGAUGUAGAGGACUGCAAUGAUAUGGAGGAUGACAAAGAUGUGGAGGAUAUUGAAGAUUAUAAGGAUGUGAAGGAUGGCAAGGAUAUGGAAGAUGACAAGGCUGUGAAGGACGGCAAGGAUGUGGAAGACGACAAUAAUGUGAAGGACGACAAGGAUAUGAAAGACUUCAAGGAUGCGGAAGCUGGAAAUGAUGUGGACGACAGCAAGGGAGUAGAAGAUGGAAAGGAUGUGGAUGAUGCAAAUGUUAACAAAGGCAAAGGAAUGACAUUAAACGUGGUAUUACAGAAAUCAGAAGCAGAGCAAACGAACGUCAGGGAACCCACGAAUGUUAACAAAGGCAAAGGAAUGACAUUAAACGUGGGAUUACAGAAAUCAGAAGCAGAGCAAUCGGAUGUCAAGGAACCAAGAAACAAUGACACACAGCUUAAAGAAAAUGUAUUGAAUGCCAACUACUCCAAGACAGAUUCGAAAGUUAUUUCCAAUAUUGACAACACAUCGUUAGAACCACGGCAUAAAAGGCUGGAACUUCUACAAGCGAAUACGACUGGUAAUUCAAAGUCUUCACCUAGAAUGUCUAAAUCCAGUAAUGACGACUUCAGAAUAUUGGCUGAAAACAUCAAGUUAUUGAUGAAGGAAGAACAAGAACAUAGUGACAAUUUAGUAAAAUCACUGCACGACGUCAGGGUCCACAAUUCCAAGCUAUACAAAAAUCCCGAAUUACGUAAGUUUACAGAAGCAGCGGUGGUAGAGCGAUGGCUAAAGAGCCAGGACCAUCAACUAGCACAAAAAACAAAGUUAAGCCAAGUUCAGGAGGGAUCCAGGAAAACUCCGUCACAUUCCAGAGUUACCAGUGCUGUAAAUGACACAUAUCAGACACAUUCCAGAGGCACUAUUUCCAGAAGUACCAGUCCUGAAAAUAACACAGAUCGAGAAAACAAUGUGAAAGAGAACAGUGCCAAUCAAACAGAAAAAGGACUUGUUGAAAACGAGGAAACUGAAUUGGAAAAUAAAGGACAGGAAGAAAGAGCAAAAAUAAAAGAUAAUUUUCAGGUAAUAAAUCAAGAUAAGUGUAAAGAUAGCGACGGGAAGUGCAUAAACAAGGCAGAUAAAAAAUUACAUAAAAAGGAACUUUUAAGAAAAAUUUCGACUAAUUCAAUAACCAGCUAUCGUAUACAAUCACAAAACAGUGAAUCUGAAAGCGGAAACGAAAAUUUAGAUAACGAUGUCGAUACGAUCGCAACUCAGACGGCAAAUCUCACUAUCAAUAAAAUUCAGCUGUAUGCCAAGCCACAUGAUGAGUACACCGACCACAAUGAGUGUGGUCUGACAGAGAAAAACCAUGACAACGAUUUAAUCAAACGGCUACAUGAGGUUGAUGAAAACGAGGAAACCAAACGAGGAGAAAUGGAGGAUAUCCAAAAUGAUACACAGGAUGGCGGGUCUUCCAACAGCGAACGAGGAGUUGAUAAAAGUGAAGAAGUGAUAAAUACUCGGGGUAUUGCACACUGGGACACAGAGAAAAAACUUCGAAAGAAAAGCAGACUAGUUCGCGAUAAAGUGCAACAGUAUAAUGUGACAAAUCAGUACCAUUCGGAAGAACAGGAAACGCCUGAAGAUGAUGAAAUAAUCAGUAAAGAAUUUGACACUGAAAGACAAAAUUCAAAUACUUUCUGUCAUAAUGAAAUCCAACAUGCAGAACAAGAGGGUGAGGAAGUUCUAGAACCCGUGGUGCAUUCUACCAGUCCAUCGCACACGAAGACGCCAAACGAGGAAACUGAAGAACACAACAACGGUCAUCACGAUGUGUCAGCAUCCCUUAUAGGCAACCCUGACAUCUCAGACGGUCCACACAAACGUACAAUUGAUCCCAUAUAUCCACAAAAUGACUCCAAAUCUCGAAAACCGAAUCCAAAACGAAUUGAAAUUCUUAUACGGGAUGAGGAAAAGAAUCGAGAGCGUGACCUAACACUAGUGAUUGAACUUCCACAAAAUGGAAACAAGACGUCUGAAAUGAGAGAGCAAUCUUGUCAGACAGACAGAGACACAGACAAAGAAUUAUAUGGAUCAGAGAGAACGGAGUUACCACCCCUGAAGUGUGAGCCUCCUUUGAUACAGCGGAAGGAGAGGUCGUUCGUCAGAUUACGCCAUGAACCUGUGAAAGAGGAUCCUGAAGUUCUCUAUUUCAUCAAACAAGCUGAACAGAGACAGAGGUCCAAAUUUAACGAAUUAAUGAGAGAAUUGUACAAGAUGAAGCAUACGGACAUCCUCGCCUCCUCCUCGAUGUCCCACAUCGAUUACGGGUACCCUGGGGCAUGUGCCUACCACCCCCGCUCCUUCUAUGGAUAUAGCAGCGAUCAGUUACAGUUCGAGAGCGUAGUCAUGAAAGCGGACAAUUUUGACGACAAUGUGCGCCGUUUCCUGGGGUACACCAAGAGGAAAGACAGGCUUCAGACUGUUGAGCAUUCCAAGAAAUAUAAGGCCUAUAUUGACCUGCGUAAAAAACUUAAGCAUUUGUACUAAAAUACAAGGCUUAUAUUGACCUCUGUGAUAACUUAAACAUCUGUAGCUUAUAUUGACCUCUGUGAUACCUUAAACAUCUGUAGCUUAUAUUGACCUCUGUGAUAACUUAAACAUCUGUACUGAAAUACAGGGCUUAUUUUGACCUCUGUGAUAACUUAACCAUCUGUACUGAAAUACAGGGCUUAUAUUGACUUCUGUGAUAACUUAAACAUUUGUACUGAAAUGCAAGGCUUAUUUUGACCUCUGUGAUAACGUAAACAUCUGUUCUGAAAUACUAGGCUUAUUUUGACCUCCGUAAAAAAAUUUGCAAUGCGAAUACAUAGUAUCAUUCAAGAUUUAUUUGUAAAUCAAAGCUCAGUUAUUCAAUUAUAGAUCUUUUACAGGUCUACAGAAACUAGAGUAAAUCGAAGUGUCAACAUUUUUCUAUAGUAUAUCAAAGAUUGUACUUUAGUUAAUCAUGGUUUCAAAGGUUUUCAUUUACUAUGAAAGGUGAAGAUAAGAACAGUGAUCAAUCUCAUAACUCCUAUAAGCAAUACAAAAUAGAUAGUUGGGCAAACACGGACCCCGGGACACACCAGAAGAGGGAUCAGGUGCCUAGGAGGAGUAAGCAUCCCCUGUCGACCGAUCACACCCGCCGUGAGCCCUAUGUCUAUGGUAAAUCUAACAUCAAAGAUGACUAUACAUUAGAACAUAGUUGUUAUUGUUUAGUUUGUUGAAAUAUUUACUUUAAUACAACAAACACCAAACGUAGUAAAAAUAUCAGAUGCAUUUUACUUAUUUUCCCGUAGUCAAGUUGAUUAUGGUUGACUAUGGUAUUUCCGUAAGGAUGAUUAUAAGUAUCCUGUGAUAUACUUUAUACAAUUAUAUUUAUAUUUCCAAUGUUUCUGCUUUUUAUAUAUUUACAAAAUGAAAUAACAGCCAUUCAUUUCCUAAUGAAUGCGCAGCAGUGGUGAACAAUGCGCGAAUGAAUCUUGAUAAAUACAUGUAUAAUGCGUCUAUUUUAACCAUUGGGAAUCCCGACAGAAAUGAAAGUAGAAUAUACAGUUAGAAAAUAAAUUUCAUUUGUGAAAAUACAUGAGGGCAUGAACUGCGACGCUUCACGCCGGGAUUAUUUUCACGAAGCGUUAACGGGUUUCAUGAAGUAUGCCGGCGCAAAGCGACGCAGUUCAUACUGAAGUAUUGAUUGUAUCGUAUAUUACACUUCCGAUGUUUUUAUUGUGUUAUAUGGUAUCACAUGACUCACGUUUUUAUUGUGUUAUAUGGUAUCACAUGACUCACAUUUGUAUUGUGUUAUAUGGUAUCACAUGAGUCACGUUUUUAUUGUGUUAUAUGGUAUCACAUGAGUCACGUUUUUAUUAUAUUAUAUGGUAUCACAUGACUCGCGUUUUUAUUGUGUUAUAUGGUAUCACAUG